AUGAUCUUGCCGGCGGAUCUUUUGCCGUUCGCGCUUUCGUCGUCUCUCCAAACGCCCUUCAAAUCGAUUUCGCUUUUCCAUUCAUACCUUUUUUCUUACUGGAAACCACUCCCCAUGAUAGUGGCAGCACCAGGCUUACGGGGUCUUUCCCAAGCCAUCUCCUCCGGGACCAGCGCGCUCCGGGACGGCAUAUCGUUCUUUCGACAACUCCCCAGUGUGCUCUACCAAGCCCACAAAGAGCGACAUGCAACGACAGGAAACCCUGCACUUGGAAACCGAAACCCAUGGCCGCGACAGGAUCUGAUUCCAUAUGAGGGAACAUACCCGCGUGGAUGGAAAGCUGGGGGAUGGGCAACUGGGGUCAAACGCAAAGAAGGGUUGAAGGACUUGACGCUCAUUGUGUCGCCCCAACAUGCAUGUACGGCUUCAGCAGUUUUCACCACAAACAGCUUUGCUGCUGCCCCUGUGCAAGUGUCCCGUGAGAUUGUAUCUUCCCGUGGAUCUGCGGACAAGGGCAGCAUUAAAGCCCUUGUUGUCAACUCUGGCUGUGCGAACGCAUGUACAGGUGACCAAGGACUGAAAGACGCAUGGGAAAUGUCACGGGCAGUGGAUAAAGUGGUCGGGAUAACCGGAAACGAUUCCAAGGCUGGCACAGUUGUCAUGUCCACCGGUGUUAUUGGCCAACAUCUUCAAAUGGAUCGGAUCCUGGCUGGAAUUACAGACUUGUCCCAGCACGUCGAGGACACGCACAAUGCAUGGUUGGGUGCUGCGGAAGGUAUCAUGACGACCGACACAUUCCCAAAACUCCGUAGUCAGGAAUUCACAACCAAAGGUGGAUCUUACCGCAUGGCUGGAUGGUCGAAAGGCGCUGGAAUGAUUCACCCCAACAUGGCCACAAUGCUCAGCGCCAUCUUCACUGACGUUAAAAUCAGCAAACCCUGCCUAGACUCUGCCACCAAAUACGCCGCCGAUCGGUCUUUCAACGCCAUCAGUAUCGAUGGCGAUACGAGCACGAACGAUACCUUUACCGUCCUAGCGAAUGGCGCAUCUGGUGUCGUGAUUGAUAAACUGGAUUCAAAAGAGUUUGUAGAGUUUAGGGAUAACUUGACUGCGUUUGCUGCUGAACUGGCAAAGUUGAUUGUGCGAGACGGUGAAGGAGCGACAAAGUUUGUUGAAAUUCAAGUCAAGUCUGCCCGGAGCUUUGCAGAAGCUAAAACCAUUGCCUCAACCAUUGCCACUUCCCCGCUCGUCAAAACCGCCAUCUACGGUAAAGAUGCAAAUUGGGGCCGCAUUGUGUGUGCUGUCGGGUACAGCGGUAUCCCCAUCACACCAAAUAAAGUCAACUUGUAUGUUGGGUCCCCCACAUCCGAUUUCCUCCAUUUGUUCAAAGACGGGGCGCCAUUUGAUGUUGAUGAAGAAAAGGCGGCGGCGAUCUUGGAAAACGAGGAUAUUAUUGUCAGGAUUGAACUUGGGUUGGGAUCCGAAGAAGCCAAAAUGUACACUUGUGAUUUUAGUCAUGGAUAUAUUAGUAUUAAUGCGGAUUACCGGAGUUAAAUUGCGAUAAUAUGAAUAUGCAUGCAGGGUGAGGGUAGACUUGAACUACCCACAUAUGUACAAAAGUGCUAUAUACGGUGUGUAAAAACAGGUAUCAUUUCCUGCCUCGGC